UGUCGCGGCUCACCUCUCCAGUGGACCCCGCCGUGCUGGAGCUCCCUGGUGGCCGUCUUGUACAUUUCGGUGCAGUAAUUAACCCGAGUUUUACCGAAUUGUCCAUCUUUUUCCAACUGCACGUCUGGUCGGCUUCGGUUUGGAGAUCUAGGCAUGCGACUGUGAUACCCACGAUAAUCCGUCACCAUGGUGUUCCUUGCAGGAGUCAGUUUCGGCGACCAGAAGCUCGUCAAGAAAGCCCUCGAGUCCUUCUACGCUCUUGGGCCCACAGUAUCUGCCCGAAUUAUGGCAAAAUACUCGAUUCACAAGCUCGCCAAGGUCGGAUCCCUUGCUCCCAGAACCGUCACUCACAUUACGGCCGAAUUAUCACAAAUGACCAUCGAAACGGACGCCCGCCGCUUGUUACAAGAGAAUAUUCGACGAUUAAAGGAUAUGGGAUCAUACCGGGGUAGACGUCACGCAAUGGGUCUGCCAGUCCGUGGUCAACGAACAAGGACACAGACGGCGACGGCCAACAGACUCAACAGGGUGGAACGACGAGGUUAAGCGCAUCAUUGGAAGAGUGGGUUACCUGGGCUUGGGUAUGAAUAUCGGCAAAUAUCCCCAGAGAGGAUGUUAUGGCAUGCCUAAAUGCUAGAGAGAUUACACCGAGGAGAAACGACAAGCCAGGCUAUCUCCUUGUUAUGCAAGACUUGUAUAUAUAAUGUAUGAUCAAAUGGAAAUGAAUUCUAUAUGGCCGUGUUCAAGCGCGGUACUAUCAACUUUACGCAUGUUCCAACGAAGCCUCCUGAGCUUCAUCAAACUUCAUCUUUGGCAAAUCAUCCUCCAGCGGCAGCUGUCCUUUGGCCUGCAACUUAGCAGCAACAGUGUCGACAUCUUUCCAUACGCGCAGCAGAUUACCUCCAACAACCUUGGCUGCAUCAACAUUGCUGACACCCUGUCGAAGGAGUUCGGCGAUCAGGUCAGGAUAUUUGGUGACAUCUUCAAGGCCUUCAGGAACAGAUGGAAUACCGUCAAAGUCGGUACCGAUACCAACAUAGUCGUAACCGAUAAGGUUACCGAUAUAUAUAAUGUGUUGAGCUGCGUGUGCAAGAGUCGAGUUCUGGGGGUAAAACUCAGGAAGACCAUUCUCCUUUCCGGUGUCAACACAAGAGAUGAAGUCAGGGGCAAUGUUAACCAUGACCAGGGAGUUACGCUU